CAGCGCAUGCGUUCAGGAGGCUGUGGCGCUGGACAGCUCCCGCACCAAGCGCCGAUGGCAGACUGACUAUCUCCAGUCCAAGCGCUGAUGACAAGAAGUGGAACUCGUCGUCCUCGUGGUUUCGCUACGAUAACCUGUAUCAUUUCUAAAAUAAGGAAGUCUGAAUACUGACUUGGAGCGAGAGAAUUAUGAUUCACAAAAAAAGGCGGACGGACAACAUACCGAUAUAGGAAAAUGAGCAUCUUCUAGAAAUCUCAAGAUGGUUUUCUGUGAUGCCCACUGCGUGAAACCUAUUUGCUUACUAUUACUUGUCACUACUGGUAUCGUCAAAGGAUUGGAAUGCAGAGCAGAUUGCAGUUCGGAGAACGGGUUCUGUGAGAAGCCAGGAGAAUGCAGAUGCAGAUCUGGCUGGCAAGGUGCGACGUGCGAGCAGUGCAUGCCCUUUCCCGGCUGCCUGCACGGGACAUGCCAGAGACCCUGGCAGUGCAUCUGUGAGGACGGCUGGCUGGGGAGCCAGUGUGACGUUGACACUCGCUCCUGCUCGUCGAAGCCCUGCUCUAACAAUUCGACCUGCAUCGAGACUGGUGCCGGGAAAUACCUGUGCAUUUGUGCCCAGGGUUACACUGGGCAGAACUGCCAUCUGAAGGCGGGACCUUGUCUAACCAACGGGUCUCCGUGUCAAAACGGGGGCACGUGCACUGAUGAAGAUGGGCAGGCAGCCCACCCCUCCUGCCUGUGUCCUCCAGGCUUCGCUGGGAACUUCUGUGAGAUUGACGUGGAUGACUGCGAGCCUAACCCCUGCGCCAAUGGGGGAACCUGCACCGACCAUGGGGCCGGGUACACCUGCUCCUGCACCAAAGGCUUCACGGGGCCCACGUGUAACCACACGUCACUCACCUGUUUUGAUGGUCCCUGCGCGAACGGGGGCACGUGUCUCAGUCUCCCUGCUGGGGGCUUCCACUGCCGCUGCCGGCCAGGCUUCUUUGGGCCAAGCUGCACCCAGCACAAGACCAAGAGCACCUGGCUAUCAGACAGCAGCAGCAGCGGCCGCUACGUGCAACAGCACUAUAACCUGCCCUCGCAUGAGUUCCAUCGGCUGGCACACCCCUCCGAGAGGGAGCUGCUCAGGAUCACCAUGAAGGAGACGGGCCGGACCCCCAGUCCCCUAGUCACCCGCAGCCAGGUCAUCUGCUUCGCCGUGCUGGGCCUCCUCACCUGUCUGGUGGUCCUGGGCACCACGGGCAUAAUUUUUUUUAACCGCUGCGAGUCCUGGAUGGCCAAUGCCAAGUACAGCCAGCUAGUCCGCCAGCAGCGGGAUUAUUUGCUCAGAUCAAAGGAUGGCGAGGACCAAUCCGUCAACAUCAUCCUGCCUGAGAAAAUAAAGUUGACCAACUAUGGAAAGCACUAUACGUCCAUAUGAUCUGGCCAUGGGGCUGGUGCCCUCUGGUGGCUGUACCUGAUAACCAGUGUAACCAUCCACUGAACUGAAGGGUAUUGUUGAGAAUGGUAUUUAAAAGUUCUCUCAGCUCAAAACACUUGAUAAUGUAAUGGAAAUAUUGCUUUAUUUGUGGGGCAAAUUUCCAGACCCCCCAAACCAUAAACUGAUUAAAAAAUGAUAAUAAACAGAUAAAAACAUAAACCACAGAGGUGGCUUUUUGGCCUCUGCUCAGCAUUUUAAAAUCCAUCUACUUUAAUUUAGGUGUCUUUUCACUGGUGUUUCACUUUCUUAUGCCAUUUCCUCUACAAAGGCUGAUCAGACUUUCCUAUCUCUAACAUGACAAUUUCUAAAAGUGUUUCAUCAAUGUCUGACAACGUGAUGUGAGGGUCAGCUGGCUGCAUUCUCUAUGGUCCUAAUACAGCUGGAAUCACAGACCUGUGAAAUGACGUUUUUGUCUUGUAUCAUAAGGAAGACAGGCUGUAACAUUCAUGCCCUCAACUGCAGUCUGAUUUGUUUUAACCUCCUUCACAGGUUAGUAUUAAUUGCUUUUUUUAACGCUACUCUGUCCAAAGUGCAUUAUAAGAUGCUCGCAUGAUGUCAAUAUACAGCAUAUUACUGAUCUUACAUUAGUCUUAAGGUGUUGUCUUAGGGUGGACCGUGGUGUUUUUUUUAUAGUGGUUGGCUUUACAUUACCCCUCUAACAGUGUGUAUUUAUCCUGGUCUUUUUUGUGAAAUUAGUUAUUUUCUUCUUUGUACUUGUAGAACAUUGAAACACUUAGAUUAUAUUUUUACCAAGUAAAAUAAAGGUCAGUGUUUCUGAACAACAAAAAGUAUAUUUGACAACUCUGUGGAAAAAUGUCAACAUUUGCAUACUGUGUAGUCUAGUUUAGUGACCAACUGUUCAUAUCAAACUUUUAAAGCCAAAAUAUAAUUUUAAGACAAAUAAGCUUCUGAGCCCCGCAGGAAAUAUGCAUAAAGCAUUAAAACACCAUAAUGUUA